AUGAAUUUAGAUAAUAAGGUAGUAGGUUUUAUUGGUGGAGGUAAUAUGGCAAAAGCCAUAGUAUCAGGUUUAUUACAAAAUAAUCUAGUAAAGUCGACACAGGUUAUUAUUUCAAGUCCCUCUGAACUUACUUUGCAAUACUGGAAAAAUUUAAAUAUCAAGGCUGUGUUGUCUAAUAGUGAAGUUAUUAAUAAAGCUGAUAUUAUUAUAUUAGCCUUUAAACCACAUCAGUUAGAAUCAGCAUUGAAAAAUUUAGAUCUGGAAGAAAGUGAGAAUAAGCUAUUUGUGUCUAUUUUAGCAGGAAUAACCAGCCAGGAUAUUUAUGAUAAACUCAUAGCAAAUUCAAUUAAAAAACCUAGAGUCAUACGAGUAAUGCCCAAUACUCCAGUCACAGUAUGUGAAGGUUGUUCAGCUAUUUCUCCUCAUUCGUCUGCUUUAAAAGAAGAUAUAAAUGUUAUAGAAAAAAUAUUUUCAUCUGUGGGUAUAACGGAAGUUGUAAUCGAGAAUUACAUGUCUGCUUUGACGGGCUUAAUAGGAAGCGGACCAGCAUAUAUUUACACAUUGAUAGAAGCUUUAUCAGAUGGUGCUGUCAAGCAAGGUGUACCAAGACAAAUUGCAACAUCAUUUGCCGCUCAAACCGUCUUAGGCUCUGCCAAAAUGGUUUUAAGUACCAAGAAACAUCCGGGACAAUUAAAAGAUGAAGUUUGUUCUGCAGGAGGAACUACUAUUCAUGGUAUUCAUGCGUUAGAAAAAUGUGGCGUGAGAGCUGCUCUUAUGAAUGCAGUGGAAGCAGCAGCACAAAGAGCCGAUGAAAUAGGAAAAAAGUCGAAAAAGUAA